AUGGCUUCCUCUUCUUUUCGCCCAAAAUGCUUCGAUUUAAAUGUUGUUCCCAAAACAACUCGUGAUGCCAAAGUUUGGCGUCCAUCCUUUGUAUCCCAAAAUCGUCAUCUUACGGUUAAUGACUCUAUGAUGAUGAAUGAUAUGAUUGCUAUCAUAAGUGCUGAUUCUGUUUCUAACAUAGCUCAUCGUUUGCGUGCGAGAGCAAAUGAGAUUCAGGAGUUGAACACUGAAAAUUCAUCCCUUCGGAGAAUGCUUCAUGAUUCUCAACAAGAGGUUGAAACCUUAAAAAGGAAAAUAAGGCUUUGUUGA